AUGGGUUAUUGGUUUACAGUGAGUUCCCAAAGACGAAGCGUAUUAAAUGCUGCGUCUGCAAUCCCCACCCACCUUCCCCCAAAAAGUUAUCUGCCCUAAUUCCUUCCUUCUCCGCUUCCUUCUUCUUCUUCUUCUUCUUCUUCUUCUUCUUCUCCUCCUCCUCCUCCUCUAAUGGCUGCAACAACUCCAUCUCCAAACCUUCUUCAAUGUCCUCCCCCUCUUCCUCCAACUACUCCCUCUCCAGGAUCGGCCUCGGCUACGCCAUCGCCAUAGCCCUCGCCUUCCUCGUCCUCCUCUCCGCCCUCCUCCUCGCAUUCUACGUCUGCUGCCGCGCCUCCCGCUCCCGCCGCCUCCACUCCCGCCCCUCCGCCGCUCCCUCCCGCUCCGAUGCCGGCAUCAUUCUCCCCCAGAUCAUUUUCGUUGCCGAGGACGACGCCGCCGCCGGCCCAGAUCGCGACGAUGACAGCGGCGUCGUCGGCCUCGACCAGGCUGUGAUCAAUUCCUACCCUAAAUUCCCCUUCUCCAAGGACAAGACGAUGGGCGGCGGGACCAAUUGCGUCUGCUCCAUCUGCCUCUGUGAUUAUAAGGAGGCGGAGAUGCUGAGGAUGAUGCCUGAGUGUAGACAUUUCUUUCACCUCUGUUGCAUCGAUGCUUGGUUGAAGCUUAAUGGCUCCUGUCCUGUUUGCCGGAAUUCGCCGCUCCCGACGCCGCUCUCCACUCCUCUGCAGGAGGUUGUGCCGCUCUCGCAGUACAUGGCAGAUCGGAGAAGGAGGUGACUGAUUGAUUGAUUGAUCCACGAGGCUCUGAUAGGUUCUUCUGUUAGUUCUUCUCUCUCUCUAUCUCUCUUUCGAUUCCUUAUCUCUGUUUGUUUUGCCUGUUUUUGCUACUAGGGAACUGUAAAUUCUUUGGUUAGAUGCUGAGUUUUUGAGUGCUCUGGGAACUGUUCAACCCAUACAUUAAAUUUUCAAUUCACUUUUCGGGUAAUUCGCUUGUGUAGAUCUGAUAGUGUUGGAUUCGUUUAUUCGAAAACCAAACAAAAAAUUGAGACAAGAAGAACUUUUCUA